AACAUACGAGUUCUUUUCCCUUUCUCUGAUGUCCUUGGAAAACAGACAUAGCUAUGAGUUUCCUGAAUCUAUACAAUUUCAUAACUCUGUAGGUGUAGUUCUGAAUAACUCUUCACAGUGGUUGGAUUGGUAGGUUUACAGCUCCAGCAACAGUGUAUUAGUGUUCUCAUUUUUCCACAUCCCCUCCAAUAGCUGCCCUUUGGUCAGUUUUGCCAAUCAGAUGGGUAUGAAAGGAUAUCUCAAAAGUUUGCAUUUCUCUAAUCACUAGGGACUUGGAGUACUUAUUUUUUUCAUAUAACUAUAUAUGGCUUUGAUUUCUCAAUCCAAAACUUGGCUGUUUAUAUCUUUUGGCUAUUUAUCAAUUGGGGGAUAGCUCUUUUUCUAAUGAACACUGCAAAUUUCUUUAUAUAUUUGAGAUUUGGGUGUAUAAAAAUGUCUUCUGAAUUUUCUGUUUUCCUUCAAAUCUUGGCAGCCCAUGUUUUAUUAAUGUACUCGAAAUUAUCCAUUUUACAUUUCAAAAUGCUCUCUACUCAGUCCACCAACCCCCACUGUGAAUUCUGCUACAGGGAAACAAUGUUCAGAGACACCCCAAAGUAUCAUUUCUUUUCUUUAAGGACCACCCCAUCCCCAAAACUACUGAAGCUUCUUCAAGAGUCUAUUGUCACUAACUUUCUCCCACAUCGUUCCACAUCAGUUGAGUCUAAAGGUAUGCUAGACUCUGAUCCUUCCUCAGACAUCAGGCCAAAAUGGACCUUUUUUUUCCUUUUCCCCCAUGGGCACCCCUAGUGAAGCCACAACAACAGGGUGGGAACCUAACACUACCAGACAUCCUGAAACUAGUCCAGGUGACUCUUUCCACAUUAGGAUCUUAUUCAGGGGAAGACAUCAGUCUUCAUCUGACUCAGUGUCUGUUAGCAAAGUUCCCAUUUCCAUGACAACACAUACAGUUGAUUCUGACAUCACAAAGAAGGCCCCUAUAAAAGGGAUCAACUCAGCUCAUUUGAGCUACCUUACCCUAAGGUCCCCUUUACCUUUACCUGAUCCUUAACCUUUACCUUAUCCUUUACCUUUACAUGAUCCUUAACCUUUACCUUAUCCUUUACCUUUACCUUUACCUCAUCCUUUACCUCUUUUCACCACUUCUACUACACCAUGGGUUCGCGGUGUAGUACUUUGCUGACAAAAAGAAAAGUGACAGAAUUAAACAGAAGUAUGCCUUCCAGUAUGAACAUUUUUGACACCUCUUUGCCUCAUGAUACUGUUGCCCCAUCGGAUGACUCCUCAGACUCCACAAUGACUUCAGAAUUAAGAACUACUUAUUAUAAGAUUUUCACCCUCAACUUCACCAUCACCAACUUGUUGUACAAAGCAAAUAUGGGUGAAAGGGAUUCCAGCACAUUCAAGGCCACUGAGAAUGUCCUGCAGCAACUGCUCAAGGAAUUGUUUGAAAGAAGCAGCCUUGGCUCUCAGUAUGCUGGAUGCAGUGUGACCUUGCUGAGGUCUCUGAAGAAAAGAAGAGCAACAGGAGUGAAUGCCCUGUGUACUUUUAAGGAAACCUCCUCCAAACCUGAACUGGAAAAAGAGAAGGUUUACUGGGAGCUAACUGAACAGCUCUUUAGAAGAAAACUAAGAAACCUGGUUAUAGACAAAGACAGCCUCAUUGUGGAUGGGUAUAAUCGUCAGAUGACACUCUUCAAAUCCAGAAAGGCGGGUUUAAUUAAACCCAAUAUCCACAAGGACAUGAAGCAGGAAAUGGAGAGGGCAGGAGACCCAAAUUCCCAGGUAUCAGUAUCAAGAACCCCUUACUAUAAAAUUUUCACCCUCAACUUCACCAUCAUCAACAUGUUGUACGAAGCAAAGAUGAGUGAAAAGGAUUCCAGCACAUUCAAGGCCACUGAGAAUGUCCUGCAGCAACUGCUCAAGUUAGUGUUUGGAAUGACCACCCUUGGCUCUCAGUAUGCUGGAUGCAGUGUGACCUUGCUGAGGCCUCUGAAGAAUGGGACAGCAACAGGAGUGAAGGUACUGUGUACUUGUCAGGGAGAUUCCUCCAAACCUCUCCUGAACAAAGAGAAGGUUUACUGGGAGCUGACUGAAUACAUCUAUGGAAGAAACCUAAAACACCUGCUUGUAGAGAGAGACAGUCUCUUUGUGGAUGGGUAUAACCAUAAGCUGCCAUGCAUCAGAUCCACAAAGAGGAGUAAGGUUGAUGUAGGGCCUGUCACCAAUAUCCCAGACCAAGAAGCACCAGGAGAUAUGGCAUCAGUGACUAGUGGCAUGCUGACCUGCAAAUCCACUGUAGAUGAUACAACAGCAGGGAGCUCCAACUUGAAGACCUUCACCAUCAACUUCACCAUCACCAACAUGUUGUACACAGCAAAGAUGGAUCAAAGGGAUUCCACCACAUUCCGUAUAGCUGAGCUUAUCCUUCAGCACCUGCUCAAGGUAUUGUUUGAAAGAAGCAGCCUUGGCUCUCAUUAUUCUGGAUGCACUAGUCUCUCAUUGAGGUCUAUGAAAAAUGGGACAGCAACAGGAGUGGAUGCCAUAUGUUCUUAUCAGGAAGUUUCCUCCAGCCCUGUCUUGGACAGAAAGAAGAUUUACUGGGAGCUGAGUCAACAGACAGAUGGAAUAACAAAGCUCGGAGGUUAUAUUCUAGAUAAGAAAAGCCUCUAUGUGGAUGGGUAUAACCAUCAGAUGCCAAGCACCUCCACAAACAGUUCUAGUGCAGAAAGCAAGGGCAAGAUAAUGACCACAGCUGGAGAACCAGAGACCAUAAUGACUACAACUUCCAGCCCUGCAGUAAGAACACACUCUGUUCUGGCAACAACAGCCUCAACCACUGCCUCUGAUAUUGACUUGGAAAAAAUCACUGUGCCUGCUUCCUCUGCCUUGCCAGAGACCAUGGUAGCACCAGCUGCCUGGUCUGGAGUGGCGACCAGCCCAUCUGAAACUACGCUCAUUGCCGAAAUCUCUACCCCACCUGGGGCUGGGACAGGAGGAGGGAGCCCCAUAGGUGUCCCUUCACACCCUGCUACCCCUGACACCACAGCAUCGACCACAGCCUUCCCCUGGACUGAUGUGCUCCCAGCAGGGUCUACAAGCACUUCAGCCACAAGUCUUUCCAGUGUCAGUAGAGAAGAUCCAAAGCCAAUGACCUCUCUGGACACAUCUGCUUCAGAGACCACAGUCAUGGCUACUGCAAGGGAAGGGCCGGCCCUGACUGAGUCCACAGCCACGAUGGACAUCAGCAGAGGAGCUGAGGCUGUGGUUCUGUCCACAAGUGAUUUGCCCACCAGCUCAGCUGCCCCUCUCAUUCCCACAGAUAAAGUAUCCACCCAGACCACCAUGAUCACUAUUGCAGACACUGCACCAUCUCUGACUCCAUCACCUUCCUCUAGCACUGCAGCAAGUGAGAGACCAAGACGGGAACGUUUUACUAUGAACUUCACCAUAAACAAUAUGCUGUACACAGAAGAUAUGGAACAGCCAUACUCGGAGAAAUUCAGCUCCACAGAGAGAAUCCUCCAGCACCUACUAAGAGGCUUGUUCAAGAACAGUAGCCUGGCUUCUAGUUAUACUGGAUGUACGCUGACCUCACUAAGGCCUAUGAAGGAAGGGGAAGCCACUGGAGUGGAUGUUGUGUGCGCCCAUUAUAAAGGUUUCACCAGCCCUGUCCUGGACCCAGUGAAGGUUUACUGGGAGCUGAGCAACCAGACCUAUGGCAUCACCAGGCUGGGCCCCUACACCUUGGACAGGGACAGCCUCUUCCUCAAUGGUUAUAAUGAUAAAGAGAUUUCAAGCAUACGUAGUUCUAGUGCAGAAAGCAAGGGCAAGAUAAUGACCACAGCUGGAGAACCAGAGACCAUAAUGACUACAACUUCCAGCCCUGCAGUAAGAACACACUCUGUUCUGGCAACAACAGCCUCAACCACUGCCUCUGAUAUUGACUUGGAAAAAAUCACUGUGCCUGCUUCCUCUGCCUUGCCAGAGACCAUGGUAGCACCAGCUGCCUGGUCUGGAGUGGAGAUGAGCCCAUCUGAAACUACGCUCAUUGCCGAAAUCUCUACCCCACCUGGGGCUGGGACAGGAGGAGGGAGCCCCAUAGGUGUCCCUUCACACCCUGCUACCCCUGACACCACAGCAUCGACCACAGCCUUCCGCUGGACCAAUGUGCCCCCAGCAGGGUCUACAAGCACUUCAGCCACAAGUCUUUCCAGUGUCAGUAGAGAAGAUCCAAAGCCAAUGACCUCUCUGGACACAGUGAUUUCAGAGACCACAGCCAUGGCUACUGCAAGGGAAGGGCCGGCCCUGACUGAGUCCACAGCCAUGAUGGACAUCAGCAGAGGAGCUGAGGCUGUGGUUCUGUCCACAAGUGAUUUGCCCACCAGCUCAGCUGCCCCUCUCAUUCCCACAGAUAAAGUAUCCACCCAGACCACCAUGACCACUAUUGCAGACACUGCACCAUCUCUGACUCCAUCACCUUCCUCUAGCACUGCAGCAAGUGGGAGACCAAGACGGGAACGUUUUACUAUGAACUUCACCAUAAACAAUAUGCUGUACACAGAAGAUAUGGAACACCCAUACUCGGAGAAAUUCAGCUCCACAGAGAGAAUCCUCCAGCACCUACUAAGAGGCUUGUUCAAGAACAGUAGCCUGGCUUCUAGUUAUAUUGGAUGUACGCUGACCUCACUAAGGCCUAUGAAGGAAGGGGAAGCCACUGGAGUGGAUGUUGUGUGCGCCCAUUAUAAAGGUUUCACCAGCCCUGUCCUGGACCCAGUGAAGGUUUACUGGGAGCUGAGCAACCAGACCUAUGGCAUCACCAGGCUGGGCCCCUACACCUUGGACAGGGACAGCCUCUUCCUCAAUGGUUAUAAUGAUAAAGAGAUUUCAAGCAUAAGUAGUUCUAGUGCAGAAAGCAAGGGCAAGAUAAUGACCACAGCUGGAGAACCAGAGACCAUAAUGACUACAACUUCCAGCCCUGCAGUAAGAACACACUCUGUUCUGGCAACAACAGCCUCAACCACUGCCUCUGAUAUUGACUUGGAAAAAAUCACUGUGCCUGCUUCCUCUGCCUUGCCAGAGACCAUGGUAGCACCAGCUGCCUGGUCUGGAGUGGAGAUGAGCCCAUCUGAAACUACGCUCAUUGCCGAAAUCUCUACCCCACCUGGGGCUGGGACAGGAGGAGGGAGCCCCAUAGGUGUCCCUUCACACCCUGCUACCCCUGACACCACAGCAUCGACCACAGCCUUCCGCUGGACCAAUGUGCCCCCAGCAGGGUCUACAAGCACUUCAGCCACAAGUCUUUCCAGUGUCAGUAGAGAAGAUCCAAAGCCAAUGACCUCUCUGGACACAUCUGCUUCAGAGACCACAGCCAUGGCUACUGCAAUGGAAGGGCCGGCCCUGACUGAGUCCACAGCCACGAUGGACAUCAGCAGAGGAGCUGAGGCUGUGGUUCUGUCCACAAGUGAUUUGCCCACCAGCUCAGCUGUCCCUCUCAUUCCCACAGAUAAAGUAUCAACCCAGACCACCAUGACCACUAUUGCAGACACUGCACCAUCUCUGACUCCAUCACCUUCCUCUAGCACUGCAGCAAGUGGGAGACCAAGACGGGAACGUUUUACUAUGAACUUCACCAUAAACAAUAUGCUGUACACAGAAGAUAUGGAACACCCAUACUCGGAGAAAUUCAGCUCCACAGAGAGAAUCCUCCAGCACCUACUAAGAGGCUUGUUCAAGAACAGUAGCCUGGCUUCUAGUUAUAUUGGAUGUACGCUGACCUCACUAAGGCCUAUGAAGGAAGGGGAAGCCACUGGAGUGGAUGUUGUGUGCACCCAUUAUAAAGGUUUCACCAGCCCUGUCCUGGACCCAGUGAAGGUUUACUGGGAGCUGAGCAACCAGACCUAUGGCAUCACCAGGCUGGGCCCCUACACCUUGGACAGGGACAGCCUCUUCCUCAAUGGUUAUAAUGAUAAAGAGAUUUCAAGCAUAAGUAGUUCUAGUGCAGAAAGCAAGGGCAAGAUAAUGACCACAGCUGGAGAACCAGAGACCAUAAUGACUACAACUUCCAGCCCUGCAGUAAGAACACACUCUGUUCUAGCAACAACAGCCCCAACCACUGCCUCUGAUAUUGACUUGGAAAAAAUCACUGUGCCUGCUUCCUCUGCCUUGCCAGAGACCAUGGUAGCACCAGCUGCCUGGUCUGGAGUGGAGAUGAGCCCAUCUGAAACUACGCUCAUUGCCGAAAUCUCUACCCCACCUGGGGCUGGGACAGGAGGAGGGAGCCCCAUAGGUGUCCCUUCACACCCUGCUACCCCUGACACCACAGCAUCGACCACAGCCUUCCGCUGGACCAAUGUGCCCCCAGCAGGGUCUACAAGCACUUCAGCCACAAGUCUUUCCAGUGUCAGUAGAGAAGAUCCAAAGCCAAUGACCUCUCUGGACACAUCUGCUUCAGAGACCACAGCCAUGGCUACUGCAAGGGAAGGGCCGGCCCUGACUGAGUCCACAGCCACGAUGGACAUCAGCAGAGGAGCUGAGGCUGUGGUUCUGUCCACAAGUGAUUUGCCCACCAGCUCAGCUGCCCCUCUCAUUCCCACAGAUAAAGUAUCCACCCAGACCACCAUGACCACUAUUGCAGACACUGCACCAUCUCUGACUCCAUCACCUUCCUCUAGCACUGCAGCAAGUGGGAGACCAAGACGGGAACGUUUUACUAUGAACUUCACCAUAAACAAUAUGCUGUACACAGAAGAUAUGGAACACCCAUACUCGGAGAAAUUCAGCUCCACAGAGAGAAUCCUCCAGCACCUACUAAGAGGCUUGUUCAAGAACAGUAGCCUGGCUUCUAGUUAUAUUGGAUGUACGCUGACCUCACUAAGGCCUAUGAAGGAAGGGGAAGCCACUGGAGUGGAUGUUGUGUGCACCCAUUAUAAAGGUUUCACCAGCCCUGUCCUGGACCCAGUGAAGGUUUACUGGGAGCUGAGCAACCAGACCUAUGGCAUCACCAGGCUGGGCCCCUACACCUUGGACAGGGACAGCCUCUUCCUCAAUGGUUAUAAUGAUAAAGAGAUUUCAAGCAUAAGUAGUUCUAGUGCAGAAAGCAAGGGCAAGAUAAUGACCACAGCUGGAGAACCAGAGACCAUAAUGACUACAACUUCCAGCCCUGCAGUAAGAACACACUCUGUUCUAGCAACAACAGCCCCAACCACUGCCUCUGAUAUUGACUUGGAAAAAAUCACUGUGCCUGCUUCCUCUGCCUUGCCAGAGACCAUGGUAGCACCAGCUGCCUGGUCUGGAGUGGAGAUGAGCCCAUCUGAAACUACGCUCAUUGCCGAAAUCUCUACCCCACCUGGGGCUGGGACAGGAGGAGGGAGCCCCAUAGGUGUCCCUUCACACCCUGCUACCCCUGACACCACAGCAUCGACCACAGCCUUCCGCUGGACCAAUGUGCCCCCAGCAGGGUCUACAAGCACUUCAGCCACAAGUCUUUCCAGUGUCAGUAGAGAAGAUCCAAAGCCAAUGACCUCUCUGGACACAUCUGCUUCAGAGACCACAGCCAUGGCUACUGCAAGGGAAGGGCCGGCCCUGACUGAGUCCACAGCCAUGAUGGACAUCAGCAGAGGAGCUGAGGCUGUGGUUCUGUCCACAAGUGAUUUGCCCACCAGCUCAGCUGCCCCUCUCAUUCCCACAGAUAAAGUAUCCACCCAGACCACCAUGACCACUAUUGCAGACACUGCACCAUCUCUGACUCCAUCACCUUCCUCUAGCACUGCAGCAAGUGGGAGACCAAGACGGGAACGUUUUACUAUGAACUUCACCAUAAACAAUAUGCUGUACACAGAAGAUAUGGAACACCCAUACUCGGAGAAAUUCAGCUCCACAGAGAGAAUCCUCCAGCACCUACUAAGAGGCUUGUUCAAGAACAGUAGCCUGGCUUCUAGUUAUAUUGGAUGUACGCUGACCUCACUAAGGCCUAUGAAGGAAGGGGAAGCCACUGGAGUGGAUGUUGUGUGCACCCAUUAUAAAGGUUUCACCAGCCCUGUCCUGGACCCAGUGAAGGUUUACUGGGAGCUGAGCAACCAGACCUAUGGCAUCACCAGGCUGGGCCCCUACACCUUGGACAGGGACAGCCUCUUCCUCAAUGGUUAUAAUGAUAAAGAGAUUUCAAGCAUAAGUAGUUCUAGUGCAGAAAGCAAGGGCAAGAUAAUGACCACAGCUGGAGAACCAGAGACCAUAAUGACUACAACUUCCAGCCCUGCAGUAAGAACACACUCUGUUCUGGCAACAACAGCCUCAACCACUGCCUCUGAUAUUGACUUGGAAAAAAUCACUGUGCCUGCUUCCUCUGCCUUGCCAGAGACCAUGGUAGCACCAGCUGCCUGGUCUGGAGUGGAGAUGAGCCCAUCUGAAACUAUGUUCAUUGCCGAAAUCUCUACCCCACCUGGGGCUGGGACAGGAGGAGGGAGCCCCAUAGGUGUCCCUUCACACCCUGCUACCCCUGACACCACAGCAUCGACCACAGCCUUCCCCUGGACCAAUGUGCCCCCAGCAGGGUCUACAAGCACUUCAGCCACAAGUCUUUCCAGUGUCAGUAGAAAAGAUCCAAAGCCAAUGACCUCUCUGGACACAUCUGCUUCAGAGACCACAGCCAUGGCUACUGCAAGGGAAGAGCCAGCCCUGACUGAGUCCACAGCCACGAUGGACAUCAGAAGAGGAGCUGAGGCUGUGGUUCUGUCCACAAGUGAUUUGCCCACCAGCUCAGCUGUCCCUCUCAUUCCCACAGAUAAAGUAUCCACCCAGACCACCAUGACCACUAUUGCAGACACUGCAACAGAGAGCUCCUACUUGAAGGUUUUCACCCUCAACUUCACCAUCACCAACCUGUUCUACACAACAGACAUGGGUCAAAAGGGUUCCAGCAAAUUCAACUCCACUGAGGACGUCCUGCAGUACCUGAUCAACUCCUUGUUUAGAAAAAACAGCUUUGGCUCUCACUAUUUUGGAUGCAGGCUGACCUUGUUAAGGUCUAUGAAGAAUAGGACAGCAACAGGAGUGGAUGUUAUAUGUGCUUAUCAGGAAGAUUCCUCCAUCCUUGUCUUGGACAGAGAGAAGAUUUACUGGGAGCUGAGUGAACAGACUCAUGGAAUAACAAGGCUAGGACCAUAUAUUCUAGAUAAGGAAAGCCUCUAUGUGGAUGGGUAUAACCAUCAGAUGCCAAACCCCUCCAAAAACACCUGGGGCCCCAGCCUGGAGGGUUUCAACCUGAACUUCACCAUCACCAACCUAUUCUACACAGAAGACAUGGAGCAGAGGGAUUCCAUCAUAUUCAAGACCACUGAAAAGAUUCUGCAGAACAUGCUUGGACCUUUGUUUGAGAACAGCAGCCUUGGCUCCAGUUAUUCCAGUUGCAAGCUGAUUUUACUUAGACCUGUGAAGAAUCUGACAGCUACUACAGUAGAUACCAUCUGCCUCUAUCAGAGGGAUUCCACUGGCCCCUUCCUGGAUAGAGAGAGGGUUUACUGGGAAUUUAGCAACCAGACUGGUGGCAUCACUAGACUGGGGCCCUACACCCUCGACAGGGACAGUCUCUACCUUAAUGGUUACAACCAUCAUUUACAAUCAUCUACCAGUACUCCUCUCCAGACCACAAUCCCUUCAAGAACUUCCUCAGAUCCUUCACUACCACCCAGUUCCUCAGGUUACAACCAUCAUUUACAAUCAUCUACCAGUACUCCUCUCCAGACCACAAUCCCUUCAAGAACUUCCUCAGAUCCUUCACUACCACCCAGUUCCUCAGGUUACAACCAUCAUUUACAAUCAUCUACCAGUACUCCUCUCCAGACCACAAUCCCUUCAAGAACUUCCUCAGAUCCUUCACUACCACCCAGUUCCUCAGCAUCUGGCAGCUUUAGCCUGAAGUCUUUCACCCUGAACUUCACCAUCACCGACUUGCUCUACACAGAAGACAUGGGACGGCCAGGCUCCCAAAAGUUCAAAGCCACUGAAAGAGUCCUACAGCGCCUGCUCAGCCCCUUGCUUGAAAACAGUAGCCUUGGCUCUGACUAUUCUGGAUGCAGGCUGACCAUGCUGAGGCCCGUACAGAAUGGGACAGCAACCAAAUUCCUGUGUGGCCACUGGAAAACUCCCACCACCCCUAGUCUGGACAGGAAGAAGAUUUACUGGGAGCUGAGCAAUCAGACCCAAGGUAUCACCAGGCUGGGUGCCUAUACCCUGGACAAUAAGAGCCUCUAUCUCAAUGGGUACAACUAUCAGAAGGAUCUUUCUUCCUCCACAAGCACUGGAGGUCCCAACUUUGAGUCUUUCACACUGAAGUUCACCAUCACCAACAUGAGGUACACAGCAGAGAUGGGGGAAAGGGGCUCCAGCAUAUUCAUGUCCACUGAGAGAAUGCUGCAGAGCCUGCUCAGUUCCUUGUUUGAAAAGAGCACCCUUGGCUCUCAGGAUUUCACAUGCAAAUUAACCUUACUGAGGCCUAUGAAGAAGGGAAGAGCAACCCGAGUUCAUUUCACUUGCAUCCAUCAGAGAGAUCCUGCCAGCCCUGUCCUAAAUAGAGAAAAAAUUUACUGGGAGUUGAGCUAUCUGACCUGGAGCAUCACCAGGCUGGGCCCCUACACAUUAGAGAAGGAUAGCCUCUACGUCAAUGGUUAUAAUCAUUUGGACCUGACCCCCACCAAAAUGCCUUCUAGCUUAAGCUUCCAGUCUUUCACCACCAUUCCCGAGGUGCUGUACACAGAAGAUAUGCAUCUUUCUGGAUCUGGCAAAUUCAACUCCACCAAAAGAACCCUGCAGCGACCUAUGAAGAAUGGCUCAGAAACUGGAGUGUGUGGCACACACAGGAGAAACCCCAGAAGCUCUGACGGGGACCAAGAAAAGGUUUACUGGGAGCUGAGCAAUGAGACAAAGCACAUCACUAAGCAGCACUUCUCCUCCCUUGAAAGGGAUAGUCUACUCAAUGCUGAAGAUCACAACAGAAUCCCUAGCCUUUUCCGCUAUCCCCAUGCUACUUUCACCUCGUCCUGUUAAUUUCCAUUCUGAUUCUGACCUUAAUAUUCUCUCAAAGAAUCAUUAUUUCUUAAUAACCUUUAAUUACACCAACCAUGAAAAAUAAACCCUGCCCCUAUCUACUUUCCAGGGAUUUCUUUCAUUGGG